GGGUGAUGUGCUAAGCUGUGGCGCCAUGCAUCACCACAGAUCCUCUACGAAGGACACCAAGCCCGCCAAGCGGAACUCCUCCAAGGGCCGUGUGGAAAGAAGCUCGGUCAAGAAGGUGAACACUGCUGCCAUCAGCAAGCAGGACCGCUUGAACACGCUCAAGCAGCUGCGUGAUGCAAAGAAGGAGGAGAUCUGGCAGAAGAAGCGCUUCGGCUCCGAGGAGGACAGGGCUUUGCCCCCGAAGGUCGUAUGCCUCGUCGGCUUCCACACUCAAGCUGACCCCCUCUCUUUGAAGAGGAAGAUCCUGUCGCUGUGCGGCAAAGGGGAGGAGGCUGCGAAGCUGCCGCCCCAUUGCCCGGCAGUUGCCAGCUUGCCGAACUGGGCGCAGGGCCCGGGCAUGGGCAAGCCAAGGGUAAUUCUGAUCGAUCCUCCUCGCACGGUCUUUGGAGUCCUGGAUGCGGCGAAGUGUGCAGACGUGGUGCUUUGCGUUCUGGGACCCACGGCUAGCUUGGAGGAGCCGGCGUUCGACGAGCUGGGAUAUAAGACGCUGACGGCGCUCAAGGCCCAAGGCCUGCCCGUGACCUUCGGCGCGAUCCACGGGUCCGACAAUGCCAUGAAUGUUUCUGCCAAGAAGCAGGCAGAGGCGCGCAAGUUUGUCACCAGAUACUUCCACAGUGAACUUGGUGCAGAAACCAGGCUAUUUCCAGCUGGCACGGAUGAGGAGACCAAAACGAUGCUCCGCGCGCUUGCUGCAGCUACACCGAAGGAGCUAACUUGGAGAGCAGGGCGAGGCUAUAUGAUGGCACACGAAGCCGAGUACUCCCCAGACGGCAGCUUGAGUCUGAAGGGUUAUGUGCGCGGCCCGGGCUUCAGGUGUUGCCAUCUCACGCACCUCACAGGGCAUGGAGACUUCGUAGUGGAGCAGAUCAGCACACUGGCGGACCCUUGCCCGUUGGGGCAGGGCCCUGGGAUGGAAGCCGAGAAGGUGGUGGAUGAGUUGGGUGCGCAGGAGCUUGAUCUCGAAAGGCUACAACCCUACGACCCCACCAUGGCGGAGCAAACCUGGCCGUCCAUUGAGGAGAUGGAGGAACAGAAGAAGGAUGCCUCCUCCAAGCCUCGGCUGAAGAGCAAGGGCGUUCGCAAGAUCCCGGCGCCCGGCGCUUCGGCGGAUGGUGAGGAGGAUGCCAAUAUGGGUGAUCCCGACCAAGCGGAGGAUGGCGAAGCCAUGGCGGAUGAUGACGAAGGCUCCGAGGAGGGCGCCUCAGUGGCCCCCAGCGGCAUGGCCGGUACCGAGGAUCACUGGGACGUCUCCAGCAACAUGACCAUGGAGGUGCCAACCUCCGAGGCAGUGGCUGCUGAGAAGCGGCGACGAGAGGUGCUGCUGCAGCGCAGUGCCGAGGAGUUGGAGUUCCCCGACGAGGUCGACACGCCCUUGGAGGUGCCGGCCAGGGAACGGUUCCAGAGGUACAGAGGUCUCAAGAGUUUUCGUACCUCCAACUGGGACCCAUACGAAGACCUUCCCGUGGAGUACUCGCGGAUUUGGGAGUUCGAAGCCUUUGCCUCGACGGCCGUGGCCUAG